CCUAUGCAGCCCACAUCCAUCACACCCAACUUCAAUUCCUGAGAGCCAUGGCUUCCAACACAUUGAUGAGCUAUGGCGUCGCCACCACCGCCUUCCCAUCAGUCCUCUCCUCUUCAAAAUCCAAGUUCGCCGCCUCUCUCCCACUCCCUAGCGUUGCUGCCAAUGCCUCGUCCCGCUUCACCAUGACGGCCGAUUGGAUGCCGGGCCAGCCCCGGCCUCCGUACCUCGAUGGCUCAGCACCCGGUGACUUUGGUUUUGACCCACUUCGGCUUGGUGAAGUCCCAGAGAACCUUGAAAGAUUUAAGGAAUCUGAACUCAUUCACUGCAGAUGGUGUAUGCUUGCUGUUCCCGGAGUUCUAGUACCGGAGGCCUUGGGAUUGGGGAAUUGGGUGCAGGCUCAAGAGUGGGCUGCCGUUCCAGGAGGCCAAGCCACCUACUUGGGCAACCCAGUGCCAUGGGGCAACCUCCCCACCAUUUUGGCCAUUGAAUUCCUUGCCAUCGCCUUUGUUGAGCACCAACGCAGCAUGGAGAAAGAUCCUGAGAAGAAGAAGUACCCUGGUGGUGCUUUUGACCCCUUGGGGUACUCCAAGGAUCCCGAAAAGUUCAAGGAGUACAAGGUCAAAGAGAUCAAAAAUGGCCGGCUCGCAAUUUUGGCUUUUGUGGGGUUCUGCGUUCAACAAUCAGCUUAUCCUGGCACAGGGCCAUUGGAGAACUUGGCUACUCACUUGGCUGACCCAUGGCACAACAACAUUGGAGAUAUCAUCAUCCCCAGAUCGCUUUAUCCAUGAAUCAUGGAAUUUUAAUCAUACUUCCUCUGUAAAAUUCGAUGUAACAAUCUGUAAUAUUCAGUCAGGACUUCGAAUGUUUUGCCUGUGUUGUUAAGUUUCCAACUAAUUAUUUUGCUGCUAUGAGUACCUAAAAAUACUGUGAAAAUUAUUUGUCUCA